UUACGUAUAUAUGUAUAGAUAUGUCCCUGGCUGCUAAAGCCGAAAGAGGAGGGAUUUAAGGAGAAGUGUGCGGUCCUGCAAUGUUGAUACAGACCGGACAAAAAAACUGGACUAAGAGAGAGUCCCAUACGUUUCUUUUUGCAUGGAUUAAUUCGUUUUUGUUUUAUAGAGGGGAAAAAGUUUUUUCAGCGUGGGGAAAUCGUUAAAGGCUCGCCUUCAACUCCAGCGACACGGAGAAUUUGGGCGACCUGGCUCCAACGUUUGGGCCCCCGCUGUGCUGCUGCUCCCGCUGCUCCCAGUUAAGGUUGAUAUGACACAUCAGUGAUGGAGCCCAUGACGGUGACAACGUCGGUGGUUGGAUCGGACGAGUUCGACCGCAAUGCUCCACGGAUCUGCGGUGUGUGUGGUGAUAAGGCCACCGGCUUUCACUUUAAUGCCAUGACCUGCGAGGGUUGUAAAGGUUUCUUCAGGCGCAGUAUGAAGCGCAAAGCCUCCUUCACCUGUCCUUUCAAUGGAAGUUGCACCAUCACCAAGGACAACCGGCGCCACUGCCAGGCCUGUCGACUUAAACGCUGCAUUGACAUUGGUGCAAUCACUGAAUUCAUCCUGACAGAUGAAGAGGUUCAAAGAAAGAAGGACAUGAUUUUGAAGAGGAAGGAGGAGGAGGCUGCCCGCGAGGCGAUGAAGCCGAGGCUGAAUGAUGAACAAGCUCGGAUAAUUUCCUCUCUGGUGGAGGCUCACCACAAGACCUAUGAUGCCUCCUAUUCUGAUUUCUCUCGCUUCAGGCCUCCAGUGCGUGAAGGUCCUGUAACACGCAGUGCCAGCAGAGCGGCCUCUCUUCACUCUCUAUCUGAUGCGUCCUCUGACUCAUUCAACCACUCUCCAGAGUCAGUGGAGACCAAGAUGAACUUCAGCAACUUGUUAAUGAUGUACCAGGAUGGUGCCAGCAGUCCAGACUCCAGCGAGGAAGACACUAAGUUAUCCAUGUUGCCCCAUCUGGCUGAUCUGGUCUCCUACAGCAUCCAGAAAGUCAUUGGUUUUGCCAAGAUGAUUCCAGGUUUCAGAGAGCUGACAGCUGAAGACCAGAUCGCUCUGCUAAAAUCAAGUGCCAUUGAGAUCAUCAUGCUGCGUUCCAACCAGUCGUUCAGCCUGGAGGACAUGUCCUGGAGCUGCGGAGGACCUGAUUUCAAAUACUGCAUCAGUGAUGUCACUAAAGCUGGUCACACUCUGGAGCUGCUGGAGCCGCUGGUGAAGUUCCAGGUUGGUCUAAAGAAGCUCAACCUGCAUGAAGAGGAACAUGUGCUGCUGAUGGCCAUCUGCCUGCUCUCCCCAGAUCGACCUGGUGUCCAGGAUCAUGCUCGUGUUGAGCAGCUCCAGGACCAUCUGUCAGAUGUGCUACAGGCUUACAUCCGGGUCAAUCACCCAGGUGGACGCCUACUCUAUGCCAAGAUGAUCCAGAAACUGGCCGACCUGCGCAGCCUGAACGAGGAGCACUCCAAGCAGUAUCGCUCGCUCUCCUUCCAGCCCGAGCACAGCAUGCAGCUGACUCCACUAGUGCUGGAAGUGUUUGGAAGCGAGGUGUCUUAGCAGAGGACGAGACAACCGUUAUCCACACCUAUCAUGCCCCAUCAGAUGAUUUUUUUUUAGCCCUUAACCAAACCCCCAUCCUUGUGACAUCCUAGGACAUUUGGGAAAUCCUUAGAUAAUCAGAUGGACAGUUAACAAUCACCUGCUCAUCAUCAGCCUUGUUCGCUCCUGACACUAAGGAGCAAGAUUCCGAUUCCUGGACCUCUGGAUUUGUGGAUUAAAGACUCCUUUGUGGGCUGUGGAUUCCUGCAGCACUUUGAUAAGGGUUACUUUCUCACGUCACCUGACUUACUGCCGUCAGGAACUGAUUGACCUCAUGCUCCUCUGCAUAAAUCCAGAUUUGCCUUUUCUCGUCACGACCAUUCUACAGACGCCACCUUUCUCCCCUGUUUUUACAGUGUCGACAGCCUGAUGGAUGUUUCUGUCACCCUCAUCAUUUGCAUCAUUAUCGUCAUCAUGAUGACAGACGCAGAGUUAAAUCUCUUAACCAUAACUGUACGUAACUUUGUAAGGUACAGAUGCAUUGUGAGCAGUAUUACUACCCUAGUAUUGCAUAGCUAUGAACUAUUUAUAUUGAUUUACAGCUUGUUGACAGCAGAUGCAUCCAAAUAUAUCAAACACAAACAAGAUAAGUGGAAAGAAGCGCUCACAGACAUGUCAUUAGGGAUGCACCAGUCUGACAGAGUUACAACACCAGGGCUGUGUGUUUCAUUCAAUCCACACAGCAGAGCUGGGACAGAGCGCUUUCUUGUAGACUUUAAGUGUUCUAACCUCGCCCAGUGACUUACCAGUUUUGAGGGAUCUCUACAAUCAUGAAGAUUUAAAAAUGUGUUAACUACAGACUGUACCUAGGACUGAAAUUGAAACCGACAAGUGUAGUACUAAACAUUAAAAGUCUUCUAAUUCAAUUUACAUCCCAUCGAUUGGCCAAGCGGAGGUGACCCCCCCAACACAUGAUAUUAAUGUCUAAGCGGUGCAUCCCUAAAGGUCAUGGUAAUACUUAGAUGUCCUGGUUUAAAAAUACCUGGUGAAGAGUCCAAGCCCCAUGUCUGGGUGUGGGAGAGGUGUCAGAUGGUCAGAUGAAGUGAAGAAAGGACGCUUAUGUGCAGAAAUGGUUGAGGUUAACAGGAAUGAAAAACGUGGAAAGAUUCUACAGUUUGAAUUCCCUGCUCCCAGUGCACAGGGAUUUUCACAACAACACGAAUGUAUGUAUAUUGCUAUAUAAAUAGAAAUGAUACAAUCAGUAUAAGCUGUUUUAUAAAUAUAUAUAUAUAUCUAUAUAUAUAGAUGUAUUUAAGAGAGCAGAUGAUUGCAAUUAUGAACGCAAAUUGUUCUGUCUAAAUGGUAGAGGAUUUAAAGAUCCCUCCUCAACUGUGUUUUUAGAAUACACACACGAGAAAGCACUGAAAAGUGUGCGAGGGGUCCUUUGUUAUUUUUGUGAUGUGUACAGUUUUUGAGAUUAUGGAUGGACCACAAGGGGGCGUGUACAGGCUCUGAUGGAGGGUUGGGUGCAGGAGAAGCACUUGUUUUUUUUGUUGGAAGCUUGUGGAUUAUUGGACCUGUGAAGUCUGUAGGUCGUCACGUCACCAAGUGUCGUGGCCUGUUGGUGGCUGUAGAAACAGGAUUAGAGGCGUUCGAUUGGCUGGUUAGAUUGCUGCUAAGACAGUUAGAGCCGGGGAGCUGGACAGAAAGCAGCAACCCGGCUGUUGCCUCAGGGAAUUAAAAGUUUGUCUGAUGAUUUUUGUGUACGUGGGUGUUUAAGGUGUGUGCAUGUGUGGUAAGCUCACAAUCAUAUGAGAUGGAGAUUGUUUUUGAAGCUCUAGGAUUCACUGUGAUUUGUAAUGAUACUAAACAACAGCGUAUGUAAGCUAAAAAUAAGACUUUUUAAAAACAAUUACUAUAAGAUUUUCAUUCCUACGAAGUUAAAAUUACAGAUUGCAGUUCUUUAAUAUAUACUCAGUAAAAGGCUUGUAAUUACAUUUACAUUCAAACUGUUACCAGUGUUUAAACUUAGGCUUUGUGUUUAUUUUUUUAUUUUUAUUUUUUAUUCAGGGCAAAUUAAAACUUCUACUGAUGGUAGCAAUAUACAAUAAUGUUUUAUUUUCAAAUGAAAUCCUUCAGAUGCUCUUCAGAGUGGGACAGAAAUGUAGGGACACGAGAGAAAACUUUUGAUAUUAAUGAGAUAAACAAGGCCUCAGCCUGUUGUAUCUCAUAUAUAAUUAUGUCAUUUCAGCACCAGCCGUAUAAGCCAGGUCUUGGAUGUUACUUUUUAAACAUCACUACAUGAUCAUAUCACAUAUCACUUUUCCGUUGACUCGCUGCAUGCUCUCCCCUCACGCAGACCUGGAUCUCCCCCUUGUGGACAACUUUUGUAAAUACCACUUGCUAAGUCUGUACAUAGUUCAGGAUGAGCGUAGGCAAAAUAACAAAGUAGAGAAAUCAACUGUCGAUGAUGAUGUGGUUUGCAGCAAUAUAUGCAACGAGGAGAUGGAAUAUUUUCUUGUAUUUUACUCGAAUGUACAGAGUUGGUCAUUUUUGCAAGAGUUACUGAGUUGUAUUUGGAUUUGACUAGCACAGCUCUUCACGAGCUGCUGCUGGUUUCCAAUGACAAACGUAUUUAAGCAACAUUUUUAGAAGAAAAUAUGCCAAAAUAGUAAAGUCACAGUAAAAGACCAGCACUGGUGUAAACUGAACAGCAAUGCAGUGAUAGAACCACAGAGGUAAUUGUCAUCUGUGAUGUCGGCCACAUUAUAUGAUCAGUAACUGAACUCUUUUAAAGGAGUUCACCAAAGUCAUUUUGGUAUCCAAAAAGAAAAAAACUUUUCAAGAAAGUGAAGCUAAGGAACAACAAACAUUUACCUACAGUAGAUGUGUUUCCCAUUUUUGUAUUGAGGAUAUACAGAAUUCCUCUCAAAGCUGGCAGGUGACUUCCUGUCGUCCUCUUAUAUAAAGUCUGUGGAUGAGACUCGGAAUUAGGGACUUGGACUUGCAGAAGUCCUAAUGUGAUUGAACAUUCCUAGUAGUGGUUGUGUAGCGCAUUCCAGCAAACUGAGUCUCACAUUCUACACUUCCUAAAAAAAAACACUAAAAACCCCCAGUGUCAAAUAUUCCCAUCAACUCAGUUUAUCUCUGCAGGAAGUGUGCCCUCUGUGCGUUCCAGGCUUAUGGAUGUACGUCUACUCUCUUUCUCUCGCUUUCAAAUGUCAAAUCGUUAAGGUCUUGACAAAUAUACAGUGUAACCAGGA